AAUUUCCCAGGAGGUGGUGAAGAGAGAUAGAGAGAGACAGCGUCUAUUUGAAGGUCAAACAAACGGCCAACAAAAAAAAUCACGCCGGUGUUAUCUCUUCGUGUCUCGAUCCCUUUAUAGUUGCUUUAAUUAAUGCAAUCAUCUGAUCGUCAGUUACCGGCGAAGGUCGGCGUUGGCGGCGGCGGCGGCGGUGGAGGAGAAGUUACAGCCGGCGGUAAACUUCCGGUUAGAGGACUUUGAUUAUGAAGAGAAGCCAAGACAGCACUAUAGGUAAAAACGUCGUCGGCAAUGGCUUCAUCCCUAACUCUCUUCGCUUCAUUUCCUCUUGCGUAAAGACCGUCUCAUCCAACGUCCGCUCUGCUGGUGCAUCUGUUGCUGGUUCAAUCUCUGGUGACUCCGAUGACCGCAGAAAAGACCAGGUCCUUUGGGCUUCCUUUGACAAGCUAGAACUUGGUUCAUCUUGUUUUAAGCAUGUCCUAUUACUAGGCUAUUCCAACGGAUUUCAAGUUCUUGAUGUUGAAGAUGCUUCUACUGUCACUGAGCUGGUUUCAAGGCGCGAUGGUCCAGUCACAUUCUUACAGAUGCAGCCUAUCCCCGCAGAAUCAGAUUGCAAUGAUGGAUUCAGAGCAUCUCAUCCAAUCCUUCUGGUUGUAGCCAGUGAUGAAACAAGAAUCUCUGGUUCAGUGCCAAGUAGGAGAGACGAUAUAACCAGGAAUAGCAGCCCUGAUUCACAAAGUGGAAAUUUUAUUAACUCCCCUUCGACUGUUCAGUUCUAUUCUCUGAAGUCUCACACUUACGUUCAUGUUCUGCGGUUCCGUUCGACAGUUUUUUUGGUCAGGUGCAGUCCACGGAUAGUAGCUAUCAGUCUUUCAUCACAAAUUUACUGUUUUGAUGCAUUAACUCUUGAGAACAAGUUCAGUGUCCUUACUUAUCCUGUCCCUCAAAUUGGAGUUGGGCCUAUUGCAGUUAAUGUUGGAUAUGGCCCAAUGGCAGUAGGCCCUAGAUGGUUAGCUUAUGCAUCAAAUAAUCCACUAUCAUCAAAUACGGGGCGAUUAAGUCCCCAAAGUCUUACGCCUCCUGGAGUUAGUCCUUCUACAUCACCUGGAAGUGGAAGUCUGAUGGCACGUUAUGCAAUGGAGUCAAGUAAGCAAUUGGCUGCUGGUUUAAUCAAUUUAGGUGACAUGAGCUAUAAGACUUUCACAAAGUAUUAUCAUGAGCAUUUUCCUGACGGCUCCAGUUCUCCCAUACGAUCAAACUCUGGCAGAAUUGUUGGCAGAAUCUCGACACAGUCAACUGAAAUGGACAAUGCCGGAGUGGUCGUUGUAAAAGAUAUAGUAUCUAGAGCUGUGGUUUGCCAGUUUAGGGCUCACACAAGCCCUCUAUCUGCCUUGUGUUUUGAUCCAAGUGGGACUCUUUUGGUCACUGCCUCUGUUCAUGGGAACAACAUAAAUAUCUUCCGCAUCAUGCCAUCUCCAAAUAGCUCAGUAAACCACGGCAAUGAGUGGAGUUCAUCUCAUGUCCACCUUUACAAGCUUCAUCGUGGAAUGACGUCAGCUGUUAUUCAAGACAUUUGUUUUAGUCAUUAUAGUCAGUGGAUAACUGUUGUUUCAUCAAAGGGGACAUGCCAUGUCUUCGUUCUAUCACCUUUUGGUGGAGAAACGGGUCUUCAGCUUAAGAAUUCUCUUCUCGAUGGGCCAGAUCUCAUACCCAUACAAUCCCAACCGUGGUGGUUUUCUGCUUCGUCUCUUAUGUUAAACCAGCAUCGUUCACCUCCUUCACUAAUUAAUCUAUCUGUGGUUAGCCGAAUAAGAGUUGGUAAUUCUGGGUGGCUAAAUACUGUGAGUAGUGCUGCAUCUUCUGCAACCGGGAAGGUUUUUCCGACAACUAGCAUUGUUUCUGCCAUUUUUCACAAUUCAGUACAGGAUGAUUUAAGUGCCUUGGAGCAUCUGCUUGUUUAUACUCCUUCUGGUAACUUGGUUCAAUAUGACCUUUUGCCUUCAGUUGGGGGAGGGGAACAAAGUGAAGCUGCUGCUCCAAGAACUGUAACGGGUUCUUCGAUGCAGAUGCAAGAUGAGGAGUUACGUGUUAAAUCUGAACCUGUUCAGUGGUGGGAUGUCUGUAGAAGGGAAGAUUGGCCUGAAAGAGGUGAACAAAUUUAUGGAAUUCAUCGUGUUAGUGAAGAAAAUGGUGAUAAAUUUGUGAAAGAUGGUUCUGAGCUUGAAGAAGGAGAUAUUAAAGAGAAGGAAUUGACAAAGUCUCAUGAACAUUCUCAUUGGUAUUUAUCUAAUGCUGAAGUACAGAUUAGGUCUGGGAAGCUACCAGUUUGGCAGAAGCCCAAGAUUUACUUUUUUAGAAUGAACCCUAUUUUGGGUUCUCCGGAUCAUCAAACUGAAGAUAGUACCCAAGGAGAGAUGGAAAUUGAAAAGAUCCAUGUCAAUGAGGUUCAGAUAAAGCGCAAGGACUUGCUGCCUGUGUUUGAUCGUUAUCACAGUAUUCAAUCUGAUAUGAGGUAUGACAGGGAUUAUGUUGGCGAGAGAUAUUCAUCUCCACUCAACUCUCAUGGAGUUUUUGAUGGGGAAAAACCUUCAUCUCCAUCAUACAGCUAUCGUAGUGCGUCAUCAAGAAUACCUGCAGAGAUCCGGGCCUCAGAAUCAAUGGAUCUCUCUGAAUCUCCUUCCAUCGCCUACAUGGUUAAUAAUUCCAUGGAUGAGGUGAAAAAUGUUAAAGGAAUAGAAAGUCCACUGACCGAAAAAAUCGGUGAAAAUAUUUCCAGAGAAGUUGAGUCCUCCAGUAGUGUUGUGACUAGCGAAUCUUCGAACAACAGUUCUAACCGUUCUGACUCGAGUUUGAAUAUCAUCGAUGUGGGACCAGUGGAUGAAGAUAUGAAUGAGCCAAUAGAUUUCGGGCACUAUUUUGACGAGGGAUAUUGUAGAGCUUCAAUUCGCGAUGAAAGCUCAGCACCCGCACAAGCUACUAUUACUAGUACUACUAACUUUGACGGAAGUAACAGUCCUUGCCUGAAAGAGAAUUUGGAGGAAGAUGGGGAAAGCGAUGAUAUGUUGGGUGGUGUCUUUGCCUUCUACGAAGAAGGCUGAUGAUUAUCUGGUUCGGUUUGCGAUCCCCAUCCCUCCUAUAUAUGUUUGAGGCAAGCAAAAAAGAGGUAAAUAGAAAUGGUAUCUACUAACAAGAACUGGGAAAGACCCAGACAUAUUCUUUGGUUGAUGGAUGGGGUUAAAGGAGAAAAAGGAAGGCUUUGGCUUGCUCUUUUUUUUAUUUUUUUAUCUUCUUUUGUCCUUCUAAUGUUCUCAUGUAAAUGCUGUAUAUUUUCACUAGACUAUAGAAAUGAUUUGUAUGGAUGGAUUGAUUUAUGUUUUUAUGUAAACAAUAUUUGUUGUUUUAUGAGAGGAAAAUGGAAGGAAAAAAAUAAGGAAAUAUUUAUUUUGAA